AUGGCGGUGCGCGCAGCUUCGACGAAUUCGUUGUCGAGCUUCUUGUUCAGUUGAUUUUGAGAUUUUGCCGAGGGAAAAUAGUUUCUGUGCUGCUGCUGCUCCUGGUCCAGACAAAACGAAAUUUUUGCAUAUCGGCAAACGAGUGACAAUCAAGCAAUACAUUUCGAUUCCAUCGAUUCUGGCCAAAUUUAGUGCGUGAAAUGUCUUCAAAACUGAUAUCAUCGUCGUUCCACAGUUCGCCCCUCAGUGACUGUUUUAAAGUGGGCGAGUUCGAGAGACGUCUGGAUGCUCUAUUAGCCGACCUGCAAAACAGUGUGCCAGGCCAGCCGCAGCAGCCCCAGCCGCAAUAUGGAACUGUCCAGCCAAAACACCAACCUCUGCAGCAACAGCAGUUUGUGGAUAACACUCCAGGUUAUGGAAGUCUGAGGGGCAAAGCCCAGCCUCAGGUGUAUCAAGAGCACUAUAGCGUAGAGACACGCUCCCCAACGGCAGGACAUGAUUUUAAUGGCUCCUCCACGACUCCGGGAUACGUUAACCAGGGAUCUCUGCCACGUCAGGCGGCGGGAGCAACCACAGGACUCUCAGAACUGGACUCCUUGCUGCAGGAUCUGCAGAAAAUCGAUGUACCGGUCAACUACAGUACUCCAGUUACAAAAUACAAUACGAUGAAUAGUUAUGCCACCGUGGAGGAGCGUCCUACGAUGGACAGCCUGCUGAAUGAACUGGACAAUGCUCACAUCUAUGCUGUUCCUAACGGAUCUGCACAUAAAUCUCCGACGCCGGGACGCCAUGUCACCAUCACCGUUCGGGAAACGAAGACAGAGAAGCUGACGGGUCCUGAUGGACCAGUUGGUACUGUCGAGGAGCAAGUUGUGCAGCAGAAGGACUCUUAUACGCCCAAUCAUGCUGUUCCAGGACAACAAGUGCAUCAGGCCUAUACGUCGCAGGCCACCAAGGAACUGGAUGAUCUGAUGGCUUCACUGUCCGACUUCAAGGUUAGCAACGGAACGAACGGCAUCGGGAACGGAAGUCAUCCGCAACAGCACUCGUCGACAGUGCAGCACCAGACGGUAACCGACUACGCCAGACCAAACAAGGGUAGCCAGCAGGCGCAUCUCACCCAGACGAUCGAGGAGACGACCAUCGUCGAGGACAGUCGCGAGGAUCAGUUGGAUUCUAUGCUAGGCAAUCUACAGGCCAAUAUGAGUCGCCAAGGAGUCAAUACCGUGCAGAAGGGCUGCUGCAAUGCCUGCGAGAAGCCCAUUGUCGGCCAGGUGAUCACAGCCCUGGGCAAGACAUGGCAUCCGGAGCACUUUACGUGCAACCACUGCAGCCAGGAGUUGGGCACCCGCAAUUUCUUCGAGCGCGACGGCUUCCCGUACUGCGAGCCGGACUACCACAACCUGUUCAGUCCGCGCUGCGCCUACUGCAACGGCGCCAUUCUGGACAAGUGCGUCACCGCGCUGGACAAGACCUGGCACACGGAGCACUUCUUCUGCGCCCAGUGCGGCCAGCAGUUCGGCGAGGAGGGAUUCCAUGAGCGCGACGGCAAGCCCUACUGCCGCAACGACUACUUCGAGAUGUUCGCCCCGAAGUGCAACGGAUGCAACCGCGCCAUCAUGGAGAACUACAUCUCGGCGCUGAACUCGCAGUGGCAUCCGGAUUGCUUCGUCUGCAGGGAUUGCAAGAAGGCCGUUCGCGGCAAGUCCUUCUACGCCAUGGAGGGCAAGCCCGUCUGUCCACAGUGCGUGGGCGUCGAUGAGGAGGAGUAGGAGAGAUCCACAAGCAAAAGCAUCAGCAAACUUGUUGCUGAAGUUCAGCAGCCAAACGAAAAUAGCAUCCGGCGGCGGUGGCUUUAGAUACAUUCUGGUAUCUCUAGCUGCGUGCCACUUUUUUAUUACCAGCGUCAUGAGGAGAGCUCGCGGCCAAAACAGCUGCCCGCCGUCCGUCUUGGCUAUUUUCGUUGCGGGUCUAGGAGCAACACAGCAGCAUGAACACCAGCAACAUGCGCAGCAGCAACAUCUGUGGCAGGCGCAGCAGCAGAACCCUUUCGAACCCUUUUCGCUCGCCCAGCUGGCCCGCUCCGUUUUGGGGCAGGUGCCGCUGGGGUAAAUGAGUCGCAAGUCCCUGAAAAGCAGCCCUCUAUGAUGGUCUUUUUGCCCGCCCCUGUCCCUGAACCUGAACCUGCACCCCCGACUUGUUGAACUUUUCUAUGCACUUUUUGUAGGCUAAGUUUAUAGGUACUUUUUAAAUUUAAAAUCAUCAUGAAAAUGACCAACAAUAUUGUAAUUUGUUUUUGUAAAUAAAAUUUUAAUAAUUACACAUUAAAACAA